GUGGGUUGUUUGCUGUGUAGUUUGAAAUGUUUCAUGGGAAAUCUUUGUGGAGUUUCACUUUCUGUAUUAUCCAAGUUUAAACAAUGGCGAGAUGUGCUGAAGCUGGCAAAGCAAUUUCCUUAACAUUGCCUUCACUGAAGAAGUAAGAACACAAACGUCUCUCUGCAAAAUAUGUCAAACAGAAGAAAUAUUCACAACAACAUGUUUCAAGAUACAUCACAGACUCCACUGUGCAAUCAUCUGACACUACACGAGGCAUUUGUCAGGAAUCGAAAUUCAUCCCAGCUUGAUCCGCGUUAUCGUUCCCAUAACUGACACCAGGGAAUGAAUACUUUUGAUCCACACUUUCAACAUCUGAAAACCAUUUUCAGACAUCAUUUUCAUCCACACUUUCAACAUCUGAAAACCAUUUACAGUUAUCAAUUAUUCACAGUUUUCAAUCCUCGGUCACGGAAGCAGCAGGAUGAUUGUGACUCUGACCAUUCCACACAAGAUGACUUUGGUACCAAACUGGUUGCCCAGGAGUGUGGUAGUCCUCGUAAUUCAAACUCCGUAACUACUCCAUGGAAAAAACCCUCACAACAAGACUCCACUCCUGCACUAAAGGAUGAGUUUGUGGGACUCACCAACACAGGCCUAAACUGUAGUGUCAAUGUCCUUUUACAGACAUUGUACAUGAUUCCAGAAUACAAAGACAUUAUUAUGAGGUAUGGAAGGAAAAGCAAUCUGAAGGAAAUGGAUAACAGUGUCUUGUACAAACUCUAUCAAGUGUUUCAAAAUUUGAAUUCCAAAAAGGAAGUCGUGAGAGUCGAAGAGUUUGUUCAGUGUUUAAAGUUACACCACAUCAAUGUUGAAUUCCAGAUGGAUGUUGAAGAACUCUUUCGUUCACUCAUGCAUAUGAUCCAGGAAGAGCAAAAGUGUAUAAAUAGAUCUGUAAGUCCUGCAGAAACUGAGGUUGAAGAAACUAACAUUUUUAGCUUUACUACUGAGGAGCAUACAGUGUGUUCAGAAUGUGAAUCGGAGUUCACUCAAAAAGAAGAAAUGUUGAAUAUCCCUCUUUCUCUUCAUAACCCUGCAUGUGAUACACCUUAUGAGUCUAUAGAGAAAUCAUUUGAAGCUUUCUUUAGUUAUCAUCAGUUAGACCAAGAAAACGCAUUCUACUGUGACAAAUGUGAAUGGAAAACAAAAACAAAACAGCAGUGCAGAAUGGCUUAUUUUCCAAAAGUGCUAUGUUUUCAGCUAAAACGCUUUGGCUAUUCUACAAAUUUGAGGAAAUCAGUCAAAAUCAGCGAUUCUAUGACGUUUCCUGAGAGAUGUAAGAUUUCUAACAAGCAUCGUGGCCAAGAGGAUGAAUCCAUAUAUGACCUUUUUUCUGUGAUUGUGCACAGAGGCACUGCAUACUUUGGUCAUUAUUAUGCUUAUAUAAGGCAUUUACCAGAAAGAGAAUGGUAUUACUUCAAUGAUGAAAUAGUUACAAAAGCUUCAUGGAAAGAUAUUGAAAUAUCUUUUGGAUCAUCCAAACAUUCCUAUCUUGGUGAUGAUUGUGUUGGAACUGCUUAUCUUCUUUUCUAUAAAAAAGCAAAAGAAAUCACUUCACCUCGCUGUGAUGCAUAGAAUCAACUUGAAACUUGAGAUGUGUUCCAGAUUAAAGCAUAAGAUAUUUGUUUCAGAAAACGCAAACAAUAUAGUGUGACAUACAGUCAGAAUAAAGUGAUUUUAUUUGUUUGACAAGACGUUACAAUGAAUGGUUUGCAUAUCGUUGAAUGCUAACUGCUUUUGUAAAUUCAAAAAUCAACGUCCCAUGUUUGUUUCUAACCAUUCACCAUUUUCAAGGAUUUUCAAGGAUUUGUAGGGGACAAUAUAGGAUACUAUAUAAAGUAGUAGUUUUAAAAAUCAUAUAACAUGGUUGUGCUAAGAAUCAAUGUGCAUUAUGUAGUAUGUAAUGAUAACAACAAUAAUUCCUCAACAUCAGCCCUUAGAAAUUAUUCAUUAUUAAUUUUGUAGUUAACUGAGUUACUGUUCCCUAUUAAUAGCCGUUUCUAUUGUUGUUCUAAUGCUAAUAAGAAAUACAGUAGUUAACAGUUUAGUUUGAAAACAAUUAAUUAGUCAUAAACCUUAAUUAAUGUAACAACAUAAGUAUGUGAACAUGUUAGCUAUAGAUUGCUGAGUAUAUGACUCCCAAAGAACCAGAAAGAAAGACUGCAGAUGACACUCAAAGAUGAAUGCCUCAAAACUGAAUCGGCGUCUGU